GAACCUUUCAUCUUCCCCCCAAUCCAUCCAUCGUUUCUUGGAUUAUAUUUUCUUGUUUUUCAUCCAUCGUGUGAAAUUUGCCCGCCAAGUUGCUCUAGCCUCCUAGGUACUCAAACGCUCAUCGGUCCUCGCCCGUUCAAGACAAGGAAAAGGUCGCCGCCAUGUCCGAGCCAGAACCGGUCGGGCCGCGCGCCUGGCGGUAUCGAUACACCGGGUUCGUGAUGCGCGAACACAUCGAAAAUGUCGAGUGCUACACGCCAGGUGGCUAUCAUCCAAGUGAUAUUGGCGACACUAUCACGAACGGCCAGGAUAGCUACACUGUCAUCCAUAAACUUGGACACGGGGGUUACUCCACCGUGUGGCUGCUCAAGCGACAACGCAAGCACCCUGCUGGACAGCAAGAAGAAGACUAUCCUCCAGUCUCGUUCCACGCCCUCAAGAUCCUUCGAGCCGACCUCGGCGAUACCCGCGCUGAUCAUGAGCUGAAUUUUCUCCAACGCCUCGGCCAGGUGGGUAAUUCCGAGUCUAGUCACCCAAACAUCGCCGUGGUCGAGGAUUCAUUUACUAUCUCGGGCCCUAACGGCCAGCAUCACUGCCUCGUCUCGCCUCUCCUCGGGCUGAGCCUUCAUUCGAUCAGUGUCGAGCGCUUGACUCCUUCCCAACGACAUCAUAUAUGCCAGCAGCUUACAAGCGCCGUCGCCUUUCUCCACUCCCAUCAUAUCUGUCACGGUGACCUAACCCCUUCAAACAUCGCAUUUGUAAUUCCAGGUAUACAGUCCAUGACCGAAAGCUAUCUUCUAGAACUUCUUGGCCCGAUUCACGACGGACGACUUCGACUCCGUGAAGGCCCUGUACGUCACUCUAAACACGGCCCAAAAAGGGUAGUUGCAGCCGCCUCCUUUUCCGGAUUUGAUAUUUCAUCGUUGACAAGUAUCCGAAUUAUCGACUUUGGCUGCGCUUUUCUCAGUACCAGCCCGCCACCGACCCUGGGAUGCCCCGUCGAGUUCUUCCCGCCAGAACUCCUCUUUGGCUCCCCAGCUUCGACCCAAUCCGAUGUCUGGCAGCUCGCAGCCCUUGUUUACUUCACCUACACCAGCUCCUACAUGUUCCAACCCGGUUUCCAGGUCUUCACCCUGCUGGUCGCCUUUAUCGUCCAGCACUAUAGCCCGGUACCCAGUCAUUGGAGGGGAAACUUUGUCUGGAGUAAGUAUGGCGUCGCAGAACCGGGACAACUACCCGUGGUACAUCCCGAGCCGGACUGGUGGUAUGACGACAAGCAGCCGACAAAGUCGGUCGAACAGCACGUCGCCAGACAAGCCCCUUGCCUCUCGGCAGCACAGCGGGACGAGCUUAUGCGCGUGCUCCGUGACAUGGUGACCUGGGAACCGAACCGACGCAUCUCGGCCGCCGAAGCACACCGCCGUCUCCAGUCCCCGGUAUUAUCCACGAUGAUUGAAGAGGCCGCGGAAGGUAGGUAGGUAGGUAGGCAGGUAGGUACAAAGGCAGGUAGGUCGGGGCGCGGUUUUUUAUCCUGUAGUUAUGUCGGGACAAUGGCAUCCAUUUGAUUUGGCGAACCAGGACAGAUAAUGAGAAAAUUGCACGACUUCAGUUGAACACUUG